GCUUUUAAAAAUAGAGAUAUUAGCUCUAUUACUCUUACUACGCGCACUUUUAAUAUCCCGCGUAUAACUUUACGCAACUAUCUCUCCGGCUAUACUAAACGUUGUACUACGCGCCCCUCUACUAUACGAGAAAUAGCGAAUCUUUUUCUCGAAAAGCGCGGAACUACCCUAGCUAGUUCUUUUAUAUCCUCUUCUUUCCUCCUAGUUCUCGAAAUAGAGACUAGCGAUUUAAGACUUCGCCAGAUUAAAACGCUCUUUAUUCCUACCACUUUUUUAUAUAUAAAGGGGGAGCAAGAGGGUAGGAUCCUACUAGCUAUCCAGGCUUUUAAGAAUCGAGAAAUCUCUUCAAUUCGUGAAACCGCCCGCCGAUUUAAUAUACCGAAUUCAACUCUCGCUUUACGCCUCUAUAGUAUACAAAACCACGCGAUUUCUCGCAUUCUCUCUAUGGAUCUACGUGGAGUAGCCCCCCGGCCCUCUAUAACCUUCUUCUUUAAAAGCGUGGAACUACCCCGGUUCUUUCGGUCGGCCAAAAUUGGGUUACAAAAUUUGUUAAACGACUUCUCGAAACGGUAUAACUACGAGCGUGCGAAAUGUGAAGACCCUAAAAUCAUUACAGAGUGGUUUAAUCUAGUCCAAAAGACAAUCCUUCAAUUUGGAAUCGACCCUAACGAUAUCUAUAACUUUGACGAGACCGGUUUCGCGAUAGGGUUAACGGUAACUGUGAAGGUUAUAACGAGGAGUGAAUACUACGGUCGGCGAGCACUUUUAUAA